AUGGCUGGUGGUGAAAUAAUAUCAUUAUCUUUUGGUCAAUUAUCAAAUAAUAUUAUAACUCAUUUAUAUAAUACUCAAGAUUCAUUAAUACCUUAUUCAAAAGAACAAAAAGACAUCCUACUUCAUGAUUUAUCGACUUUUUUAACGAGAUUUAAAGAUCCAACAUCAAAUGGCUACAAUUAUUCUCCAAACUGUUUAGUUUAUGACUUGAGAAAUGGGUUGGGCAGCUUAUCAAAAUACGAAUAUAGCGAACCAAAACCAAAUUUAUCAGAUUAUACAAUGUUGAAUGGUCAACUACCUCCUAAAAACGAAUUUCAGAGACAAUUAGAUAUUGGAGUAUCGAAAGGAAACUUGUUGAAUGUUCCAAAUACUGCCAAUUGGACCGAUUUUGGAAAAUUGAUAUAUAAUAAAAGGUCAUUACAUACAAUUAAAAACUAUACUACUUAUCUACAACAUUAUAAUAUCCCAAAUUUGAAAUUUGAUACAUUUCCAAAAGGUGUAGAAGAAUUUAAAAGUAAUGAUAAAGAAAUAGAUGAUUUCAGAUUUUUUCUUGAGAAAUGUGAUAAGUUUCAAGGAUUACAGAUCUUGAAUGAAUUAGAUAAUGGAUGGAAUGGGUUUUCAAAUGAGUAUAUAACUAUGUUGAAGGAUGAAUAUUUUAAUAAUUCAAAUAAAUUGAAUAUUUGGAAUUAUUCAAUUAUAACCAAGGAGAAUAAGAAUGUAAGGCAGAAACAGAAUUUGAUAAGGUCAUUUGUUGAAACUUGGAGGAGUUCAAGUCUAUUUAUACCGUUGAAUUUGGACACUCAUUCAGAUUUAUUAACGUCAAAUUUCAACUUUGAGUCCAAUUGGCAUAAAUCUGCCAUAUUUGCAAUGUUUAUAAAUUCAAUAUGGGGUAUCAAUUCACAAGAUAAAGACCAGAUUAACAUGAGUGGGUUACAAAACCUUAUACUAAGUGAAGAAAAUGAAAAUAGAAAAAUCAUAAAUGAUGUUAAGAUUAAAGGUAUUGAUAUUCAGGCAGAUAUUGUAAAUUAUUAUGAUUUACCUAAUUAUGAUAUAGAUUUAAGUUUAGCUAGUGGUCCUUCAGGCUUUAAUUUUAAUCAAACAUUUAUAAACCAGGACUCAACACUUGUUAAUCCUGAUAUUGAGAACAUUUUACAAGUUGAUACGUUCCCGACUGGCAUUCUUGUAAACAAGAAGGAGACUAAGUUCAAUAUUGAAAUGAAUCAGUCAUCAAGUUUGAGAAAUUGGUUAAAACCAUACAUGAAAAUAAUUGAAAAUUCAAAAGAGAAUGAAAUAAUCGAUGAUAAAAAUGAAUUAAUUGAAGAAAUCUGUCAAAUUAUGAAUGAAUAUGCUACUACUGAAGAAUCAGAUGAGGAUUAUGAAUAG